CACUAGACAAAUUAAAAUUAGUAGCCAAGAGGCUUAAAAAACCCCUAAUGGUAGAUGUGGGAACUCAAACCGAACUUACUAUGAUUGAUUUAGAAGAGAUGGAAAACAACAUCAAAUCUCUAUCUGACCGAUUAACUACUACUGAAAUCGUGGACAAGAAUAGCAGAGGUGGCAAAGACAUUUUAGAUAGAUUGGAAGUAAUAGAAUUGGGAAUUGCUAGAAUGGAAGAGGAUAAAAUUCAUAACCAAACCCAAGGGAAUGAAAUGAGAAUACAGUUGACAAACCUAGAAUUAGAAAGAAAAAGGUUUGAAAAGAUGCUAAAUGAUGAAAGGAACAAUGUUUUUUUUGAGCCGACUUGUUGGCGGUGUCUUUUCUCUCCAUUACAAAGGGUUCAAUAG